GCGAGAGCAGAAUGAGUCCGCGCGGCAUGAGAGACCGACGACAGGCUCUCGAUCGAGGAGGCUGACGGAAGUCUUCGCCGCGUCUAACCUGAUUAGGGGCCAGUCGAGGCUGGGAGGGAACGUCGAAGAAAAAAAAAAAAAGAAGGCAGGAAUUACAACAGGCCACUUGCUGAAAGAAGCCUCUUCAAUCUGGGAGCUUGAAUUAGAGCGGCAGGAACAGCGGAGAGGAAGCCACAAAACCACAGUUAAGAUGCCAUCCAAUGGGAAUCAGCCUUUGACGCUUCAGUUUGGUCUGAUUAACCACGAAGGUCGCUACCUCACAGCUGAGAGAUUUGGCUACAAGGUGAAUGCAUCAGCUCCAAGCAUGAAGAAGAAGCAGAUCUGGACUCUGGAGCAAGACUCCCAGGCGGCGUACCUACGCAGCCACCUCAGACGCUACCUGGCCUCCGACAAGGACGGCAGGGUGACCUGCGAGGCAGACGGCCGCCACUCGGACUGCCGCUUUCUCAUCGUGGCCCAGUCGGACGGCCGCUGGGCCCUUCGAUCCGAGCGGCACCUGCGCUUUUUCGGCGGCUCCGGGGACCGCCUGUCCUGCUUUGCCCAGGGCAUCGGCGACGGCGAGCUGUGGGCGGUGCACCUGGCUUUGCAUCCGCGGGCCAACUUGUUGUCGGUGGCCCGCAAGCGCUACGCCCGUCUCUCGGCGGAAGACGGCCAGAUCUCUGUGGACGCCAACGUUCCCUGGGGGGUGGCCGCCAUCCUGACCCUCGUCUACCGCAACGGGAAGUACUGCCUGAAGACCUGCGACGGCCGCUUCCUCGGCAACGACGGGAAGCUCGUGCAGCAGAGCGGCAGGACCGCGACCUACACGCUGGAGCUCAAGUGUGGAAAGCUGGCUUUCAAGGACUGCGAGGGCAAGUACUUGUCGCCCGUGGGACCCGCCGGCACCUUGAGGUCGGGCCGCUGCUCCAAAGCGGGAAAGGACGAAUUGUUCGACCUGGAGGAGAGCCACCCGCAAGUGGUUCUGAUGGCAGCCAAUGGGAAAUACGUUUCCAUGAGGCAAGGAGUAAGCCUCGCCGCCAACCAGGAAGAUGAGACGGAGAUGGAGACGUUUCAGAUGGAGAUGAACAAGGAGAACAACAAGUGCACUUUUCGCACCAGCCGGGGAAACUACUGGGCCCUGGUGGCCCACGGAAGCAUCCAGACUACAGCCACCCAAGUUUCAGCAAACAGCCUGUUUGCAAUGGAGUGGCUUGGUCACAAGAUGGCGCUAAAAGCAAACAAUGGCAAAUACAUCUGCACCAAGAAAAAUGGACAGUUACUGGCCGUCAGUGAGUCCAUAGGUGAGAUUUUUAGAUUUUGUUUGUCAGUCUCGGAUUUAUUUCCCUUUGUAAAAUCGCUUUUGUCAGGGGAGGACGAACAGCUCAGUCUGAAACUGGUCAACCGGCCCACGUUGAUCCUCCGAGGGGAGAACGGCUUCAUCUGCCACCACAAGAACUCCAACACCCUGGAUGCCAGCCGAUCCGUUUACGACAUUUUCAGCCUGCAAUUCAGCGACGGCGCCUACCACAUUCAAGGGGCAAACGGUCGCUUCUGGUACGUCGACAGCGGCGGUCUGGUGUGCUCGGACGGCGAGGUCCCCGAGGAUUUCAGCGUGGAGCUCCCGGAGCGCGGCCGCCUCGCCAUCCGCAGCAGCGGCGGCCGCUAUUUGCGGGGGGACCAGGGAGGCACGCUGAAAGCGGACGGACUCAGUCUGAGUAGCUCGGCAUUGUGGGAGUAUUAAAUCAAAGGAGAAACGAAAA